CACGCAGGCUGCACGCUCUCGCAGCCUACGCGUGCAUAACGCCAUUCGUGCGUACUUCAGCAAUGCGACGAGCAUUCCUGUGGAGGCUCAGCCUGUUUCUAGCAAGCACGGCUGCCACCAGCCUCUCGGCAACGCAACUCAUCCAGAACCAAAACUGGCAAGGGGCCGCAGUGGUCCUGGAACGCGACAUCAGCACGCAACGCGACGAGAACGUCCGAGCCCUGCAACGGACGUGCCUCGGCGAGUGCCGCGUCAAGCUCCACGACGACGCCGCCGCGCUGGACGCCUUUACCGGAGCGCUCGGCGACGACGCGAGCCUGGGCGCGGCGGCGCUGGGCCGGGGCCGGUGCCUCGCGCGGCUCGGACGUCUGACCGAGGCGUCCGAGGCGCUGCGGGCGGCCGCGUCGCUGGGCCUCGGCGACGCCGUCGUCGAGGCGGCGGCGUGCGACGUCCGCGGCGACGACCGCGCCCGCGCGGUCGCGUGGCUCGAGGAGACCGCGUCGCGCGACGACGCGCGGGCGCUGCUGGCGGUCCUGCGCGGCCGCCUCGAGGACCCGGCGCUCGCGGAGCGGUCGUUCCUGGCGCGCUACGCUUUUACUGGCAGUACAAACGCGCCGCGGCUCGAGCGCGUCGCGGCGAACGCGUGGUGCCUCCACCCGCGCGCCUGGGACGAGCUCGACGACAAGGUAUGUUUAAAUGAUGCGAUCGCGGGCUCGGACGACGCGGCCCUCCGAGCCGCGUGGCCGCAAAGCCACGAGCUGCCUUCAGACCAACUCGACGGCGGCGCCUGGGUGGUCAAGCUGCGGCGGGGCUACGGCGGCGCCGGCGUCGUUCUCUACGACUCCGGUAAAGACGUGCCGCGCGACGCUCAAGGUCUGGCGCAGCGCUACGUGCCCGCGCAGCUCGAGGGCCGGGCCUGGUCCCUCCGCGCGUAUCUGAUCGUCCGAGCCGACGGCGUCUACCUGAGCAGGAUCGGAGUCGUGCGGUUCGCGGUCGACGGGAGCAUCGCGACGAACGCGGCGCGAGCGGUGCUCGCCAAGGGCGCGCCCGACGAGCGCGAUUUCGCCUGGGCGCGGCGGCGGCUGGGAGCCCAGUGGGACGCGCGGACGUGGCCGCGCGUCCGCGACGCCGCCCGCGGUGUUGCAAGGCUCGCCCGGCGGGACGACGACGCUGCCUGGCCGGGCCCGAUACCUCCAAAGAUCGUGGGCCUGGACUUCGCCGUCGACGCGGCGGGCGAUGCCUGGCUGCUCGAGGUGAACCGGACGCCGGGCCUCGUUGGAAGGGCGGAGGUCGACCGCGCGGUCAAGGACGCCGUCGUCGACGCGGCCUGGGGUUGUUCGAGCGCUGACAUUUUGGAGGAGUUGUUGUUGUGA